AUGCAAGCGUGUUGGGUACACUCCACCAAGACCAUUCAUUCGUUUGAUGACUUCAUUUGCCCGCGAAUCGACGCUCUUGCGAUAAUGCACUAUUGUUUACCCUUCGAUAGUGCGUCUUCCACUGCACGCGACAUCGCGUUAGACAGAGACAGCUACAUAUGUCACGGCGCCCGCUACGCAGCGGUGCGCGGGGCGGCGCGCGUGGCUGCUCUCAGUAGACUGCGUGAGCCGAGCCGCGCCGGUCGCUCCCGGCAUAUAGUCGCGCUCCCGCCACACGCGACUUCAAACUUCGCUCGCGAUAUACCUCACCACAUGUCCACUAUCAGCUUAGCCGACCACUCC